AUGGCAGCAAGAGAGUCAGGGAGAAUUAAAGAUUCUUAUCAAAAACGAGUACUUGAUGAUGCUGCAAGAAAAAGAAGACAAAAAAAAGCAUUGGAUGCAUUGGAACUCGACAAUUUUCAUGAUGAUCCACAUGCUGAUCUUGUAAUGAACAAAAAAGUACCAAAGUUUCAAGAAUCUUUGGAUGGUAGAGCUGGACCAAGAAAAAAAAAAGCUCGUUCUGCUGAUUAUUACAAACAACGUUUUCGUAAAACAUUUACUCAGCUUGUCGAAGAAGAUUCUAAUAAUAAUCCAAAUCCACCAAACUAUUCAUCAGCUCAAGCAUCACCAUCAAAAUUUCCUGAACGACAUUUUUGUGCUGUUUGUGGUUUUCCAAGUAAUUAUACCUGUAUUCCAUGUGGUGCUCGUUAUUGUUGCACAAAAUGUUUAGGCACUCAUCUUGAUACAAGGUGUCUCAAGUGGACCGCGUAAUUUAUAGUUGAUAAUUUAUGAUUAUAACAUUAAUAAUAGUGUUUGUAAAUUUAAAUAAAAAUAAAAUUAAACGAGUGAUUUAAAAAU